AGAUAGCGUGACUUUGUGGUCAAAAUUAACAAACAGGUGCAUAAGCCACUAAGUGCCACCCCAUUGUUUGAUGAACCAAUCAGAAAGCAAGUUGCUACUUUCGUAUCUGAAAUAGUAGCUUUUAGUGGUAAAAAUAGCUGACAUUUAAUAGGUAUGAUAUUUCAUGUAUAAAGCCACGUUUCUGAAAGAUACCGGUCGAUAUAUUAUAGCAGAUAAACUGUGAAAUCACGGCAGAGUUGAACAAUGAUGCUAGGAAAGCAUGGAAGUCAUAAUAUUCAAGAAGAACGCUCUUUUCAAGUUAAAUAUAUGGGGUAUAUCCAAAACACGGAGUCUGGAGUUACAGGAAUUGAUAAAGCCGUGAAAAAGAUCCACGACAGGAAUCGAAACGAAGAAAAAACAUGUCCAAGGAUUACGGUUGAAGUCAGCAAGGAAGGGAUGACUUUUAACCAUGGCGGUUCAAGCAAGAAACAGUUCUUUGCGAUCAAGGAAAUUUCGUACUGCUCACUCAAUCGGUUUGACACCAACAUAUUUGCAUUUAAUCAUCACAUUUCGAAAUCUCCCCUGAAUGUCGAAUGUCAUGCUGUUUUAUGCAACUCGGAAGAAAAAGCGAGGGCAAUUGGACAAUCACUCUACUCAGCAUACCGCGAAGGCCAUUUUGAGGAGCUUAGAAAAGAACGACGGAGAAAACUCAACGUAUCUCCGGCAAAUUUAGAGUUACAAAGCGAAAAUACAGCAGCUGUUCCAAAAGCUGGCGAGUCUAACGUUGAAAAGGCAGAGGUUAAAGCAAACUCGACUGGUGUCCUUGAUACGGAAUUAGAGAACAUUGUAAAAGACAUGUUAGAUACAGUCGAAAGAGAAAAAGGAAAUAUAGAGGAACAGAAAUGACCAUAAUAUUCAUGAAAUGUCUUUAUUAUAACUAAAGAGGAACUUGGCGAAAAAUAACUUCUUUGUUUUCUCAGCAUUGAUUUGUUUUCAUAGAACUUCUUUUCUACUAUAGCGACGGCGGAUAAUUAUUCAAAGCGAUCGCUUGUGGACACUGCAGUAGUUCGUCUUUACAUAGACUUCUUGUGCCGCAGGGUUGAUUAGCUAGAGUAGGUUUGCAAUUGGCUACCCAUCUCAUUUAGCUGGACAAAACAUUAAUAUAUGGAAGGUUGGGUAAAACAAAUUCGCUGCUAUGUAACURCAAAGGAAAAGUGAAUAAAAACGAAAAACCACUG